CCCCUCUACCUCUCACCGCUUUGCCAGCUGUGCAGCCGGAGACCGCUGCCAAAAGAAACACAAGCUUACGUCAACUUCCAAAUUAGGAGCUGCUACUUCACUUUGACCCGAAAGAGAGACACUAAAGGAGGUGGAGGUGGAGGGGGAGGUGGAGAUAGACAGGGAGAGAGUGUCCCCUCCUCCUCAUUCAUACGCAUAAUAUACUCAAGCUACCUGUUUGUCAGGCCAGUGCACGUAGAGCGGAGACUCGAUUACCCCUCUCUCUUCACCGUCACUCUCAUUCAUCCUUUCUCACUCUCUCUCCCCUCUCCUUCCCUUCACCUCUCGCUGCUCUCCCCCGUCUCCAGUCAUUCACAAUCGGAGGACAGCACCACCUGCUACCAGAUCUUUAUGCUGAGAAGACAGAAGAAUAAUAUAUUCAGUGGAGUCAACUGAGCAUCUGAGUGCGUGGCAGCAAGACCGAGGGCUUCAUGAUGGGAUACUUUAGGUCAUCAUGGCAGAGGACUUCCUCCACAGCGCACGACAUAUCACAGCUGCAUUCUUUGAUGCCGCCGUUCUACAUUUGAUGGCAGCAUAAGCAAAGAGUUUAAGCAAAGCAAGUGCAAAUUAUGAAGCCUGACAGUCAACUACAGUGGAUAUAAUUUGAUAGAAUUCAGUCACAUUAAACCCAUUAUCCAGUUAAUGAUUUGGCUUGAACUCUGUAGCCUGGCACAGGCAGACACAUCCCACUUGUCUACCUGAGGCUGUCUUUCCAUUUUAUGGAGGCCUUGGAUAGUCGCCUGACGACUGGGGAGCAGUCCGGAGGUCAAGAGCAUUGUCAACCAGAGUCUCAUCGAAGAGGCCCGCGGCCUAAGUCUCCCUCCCAGCCCCGUCAACAACAGCAAACUGGCUCCCCAAAGCGCCAUGGCACACCACAGCAACCCAAACAGUCCAGAAGACAGCAUCCUGAACGUAAACGUCUCAGGCACCAGCGACAGAGCGUCGACUCGGAUACUGCGCAGGAACCCAAAGACGAGGCAACAAAAGCGACAGUUUCUUCACCAGGAGACCCAACUUCCUCGGCAGGUGGCCCCACCCAGUCUAAAUCAGAAACCCAGGAGGGCAUCCCAAAACAGAAACGUGAACGUAAGCCUCAGAGACCAGGCAAAUAUGUCUGCACUUACUGUGGCCGCGCAUGUGCAAAGCCCAGUGUCCUACAGAAACAUAUUCGCUCCCACACAGGUGAAAGACCCUAUCCAUGUGCCCCAUGUGGCUUCUCUUUUAAGACCAAGAGUAACCUGUACAAACACCGCAAAUCGCAUACGCACAAGGUGAAGGCAGGGCUGGCACUAGGGGAGCCGAAAUCUUUAGAGGAGCAAGUCACUGAGUCGGAAGAUGAAACCAGACAGUUGACAUCAGCAUCUUCACAUACAGAAAGACAAAGCAGUGUAGCCUCAAUCAAGAGUCAUGAAACAGACAGGGCCAAAGAUUGCACUGGAGGAAACGAUGACUCCUACGCAGUGAAAAAGAGACUGGCCUUACGUCUAAGUAGAGGAAAACAUGCCCAUCGAGACUCAUCCGAUGAAAAGGCCUCAUCUCUAAUUUUAGGGAGUAAAGGGAGCACAGAAUCUGGCUAUUUCUCUCGCUCUGAAAGUACUGAGCAGCCACAGGACAGCCCCCCGAACACAAGUGCCAAAAGCUAUGCAGAGAUCAUCCUCGGCAAGUAUGGACGUCUCGGACACCUACAGAGGAUGCCUCGGCACCAUAACCAGCAGCCCUCUGGUCAGGAGGACAAAAGCAUCCCAUUCACAGUCCCGAAGAAGCAGGUCAUUGACCAUAUCACCAAACUCAUCACUAUCAACGAGGCCGUGGUGGACACCAGUAAAAUUGACAGUGUAAAACCAAGAAGAUUCUCGCUCUCCAGAAAGAAUAGUUCAGAGUCUCAAAAGGGUUCAUCGAUGAAAGAACCACUCAUUCAUAGUCCUAAAGCUGGAGAUCUGGGCUAUAAAAAUAGUGGCUCCAUCACUAUGGGAGUUCCAUGUGAAAAAUUUCAUCAUCCACCCCUAAAUGUGGAGCAGCCAGCUGGCCAAACAUCAGCCCCUCUGGUGAGAAGUCACUCAAUGCCAUCUGCAGCCAGUUCAUUUGACGCCUCCAGUAGUGGCCCCAGUAAAUUCCGUCUUAGUCAGUCCUUUGACGAACGACAGCCUUCUGAAAGGCAGGCAUCCCGUCGGUACGGGAUGCUAAGACGGCAGCCAGCUAUUGAAAUCCCACUUGGUGCCGAACUCACAAAAGAGGAGCAUGGCGGUUCUCAUUCAUUUUACCCUGACAGCUUAACCACUGUGCCUGACCACAAGCAAAGUCAACCGCAGCCAUAUGAGUGUGAGGCCUGUGGCACUGGAUGCAAAGAUUGGGAAGGCUAUAAGAAACACAAGCAAAGCCUGUGCAUAGCACAUCCUCCCAGAAAUGAGGUGGUAAUCAGUCAAAUGGAGUGCUCACAGUUAAUUAACCAUGCAGUCAGAGCAGGGGCUUCAGCAAUGCGCAAGAGACGGAAAGAAGAGAGUUUUGAAUUCGAUGACCCCUCUUCUCCGUCAUUACCGUCUCCUGCCCUCUUUUCAGGACAGUGUAAAGAUGAAAACAGAAGACCUACGCUGCAAACAUGUUCAGUAAUCCAACAUACUAGUUCAUUUGAAAAACAAGAAUCUGUUUGCAAUGAGAAUCAAGGCACUGAGCCAACAAAAAACUCUCCACCUCAUGAAGAAUAUCAACUGGUACCUCAGAAACAACCCCAACAACAGUUGACAAACCGAAAGCUGGUCCGCCAACACAACGUGCAGGUUCCAGAAAUACUGGUCACAGAGGACUCCAACAUGAGCACAGGGACCUCAAUAGAGCCAACAACCACUGCAAAACAUUCAGAGAAACCUGAUGAAUUUCAGUGGCCACAGAGAAGCCCCUCUCUGGCCCAGCUUCCCAUCGAAAAGCUUCCUCCAAAGAAGAAGCGCUUACGUCUAGCUGAGGUUGCCCAGUCCUCUGGGGAAUCCAGUUUUGACUCUAUAUCCCUGCCCCGCAGCCCCAGUCAGGACAGUAGUGCAUCGUAUGCAUCCAGUCGUUCCACGUCCUUUGAAGAGUCAAACAGACCCGACAUGGACAUAGCAAUAUCGACACCACUGAGGAGAUCAAGAGCUCCUCACAUGUUGACAGUGCCUGGGGUUCAUCAGCAUAGAGAGAUGAGGCGCUCAGCAUCUGAGCAGGCACCUCAUGACCCACAACCGAGUGUCCUAAUGGCUGAGACCCGCAGUAAGUCUUUUGACUACAGUUGUCUGUCUCCCGAGCGCUCUGCAGUUGGCUGGAGGGAAAGAAGAAAAUGUCUUCUCAUGAGACACACUGCUAUCAGAGAUCCAGAUGAGGAGGAGGAGGAUCAGUGCACCAUACCGAGCCGUAGUCCUGAACAUGUCAGCCCGAACACAUCUUCUCAAGUGAGUCCAACUUCUGUGUACUGCAGUAGGUCGCCGACUUCUCCUUUAUCGGGGGACACAGUCUUGCAUAAUCCAGUGAAAUUACAAGGCAAAGAGAUCUUCUCUCAGUGGAAACUCAGUCAAAACAUUCAGUUGACAGGCAGCACCGAAGUCGCUCUCACUCACUGCCCGUCUGUAGAGCCUGUUAAAGAAGAGGCCUCACACAUCCGUACAGGGCAGCCCCCUCCUCAAGCAUCACAGUCCUAUCUUACACAUGGACCAUCAGGCGCAGCCAGAGCUCGCUACCUCCCCAUGUCAACAGGGCUGAAGCUAGAGAUUCCCUUACUACAUGACGAUCAUUCAGAAGUUCGGGGAAGUCACCCCCACGUCCAGCGCUCCGUCCCUCACAUUACUUCAAGUCUGGAAUUGCUAAGGCCGGUCACGUCUCCAGCAGUAGCAGUGCGUCUCCAAACUGACACCAUCACUCUUGCAUGUGCCAUAUACACCACGUUGUCUCAGUCCACCUCCCCGAGGCCCCAGGAGAAGGUUGAUGCUGUUUCACAUAACUUAAGUAUCCCAGCAGCUGAGUACAGAGACCAUAGGAACACAAGUCCAGACCAUCACCUGUGGUCUGAUGAUGGCCUCAGGAUAUCAGGCUCAGGGGGCAACAAACGCAUGCUUUCCCCUUCGAAUAGUAUAGAGGUCCUCCCUGAGUCAACGCAGCAGCAGAAACGAGUAAAAGAAGAAGAGGAGAGGGAGGUGGGAUGUGUUGACAAGGCGUCUCUGGACACAUACAAUAAGGAACUCAAAGGGGAGAAUCAGUCCUGUCUACCCAGCGUUUGUUCUCCCAUCACACAUGUUGGACCAUCAUUCCCCAGUCUGCUGUCUAGCACCUGUAAUAGCUGGUGCUAUUUGAACUACAUUAAACCAAACCCUUCCACUCUGGAUGAACAGAAGCCCUCAGUGUAUUCAUCGUGGUCCACUAGCGGCUAUGACCCCAACCCGCCUGGCCUCUCCAGCAAGACGGCCCUGUCUCUGCUUCACUGUAAGCAGAGGCUCAGUCCCUCCAUCUACACUGUAUCCCCCAUGUCAGCCAGGACACCUGAAUCAGUGGAGCAAGAAGACAACAAAAGACCGUGCUCCACUGAGGUUUACAACAGCCAGUCGUACUGCAGAGACCAUGAGGGAACCAGAAAGGGACAGGAGCCAGCAGAUGACAACAGCUCAAAUAGAAAAGAGGAGAAGGAGGAAGAGAAGAAGAAGGAGGAGGAGGAGGAGGAGGAGGAGGAGGAACCACAGUCAUGCUCCAGAAAUAAAAAACAUCCCGAAGUUUGGAUCUCUGAGAGAGGCUCAAAGGAGAAGUAUGCCAUCACGCACGGUGGAGGCGGAAGGGAGUGCCAAUGUGAAGAUUGUGGUUUCCACCUCAAGAAUACCGGUGUGCUGCAAAAGUGCACCCCUCGCAUCACAGAAUCACCACCGUAUAACUGCAAACCUUGCAAUGUUUCUUUCAAAGCCAAAGGAAGCCUCAACAAACAGCUGAGCUGUUACCCAGAUGGCACAGACGAAGGAGUCAGCGAAGAACCAUCAGUUCACCCUGAUAAACGAAAAAAUCAUCAGUACUCUGAUCUGGGGACAACUGGACAUGAUGAGGGCGACAAUGCAAAGCCGAAGGAAGGCAGACACGAUGAAGACAGCAGGUCUUCUGAAAGCUCUCACGCCGUCUCCUCCGAUAGCGAGAAAUCUCAUCCAGGAGGGCAGCCGAUGGAGCCCGAACCGAGCCAGUCGGCCCGGCUGCCACCCAAGGAUUCCACCCAGAAGAGCUCGGCCAGCGCGAGGAGGGCACUGUUUGCCCGCAGGCGCCUUGACGCUUCUACGCUGGCGUCCUCCGGAGGCUCCCGUUCGCAGAGCACUCCAUCGCUGGUUCCACAGAGGGAGUCGUCUCCUCCUCGCAGCCCGCCACCCAGGCCUCGCCAGUCCCCUGCUCCCCCUUCCUCCCUCUCCCCAUCCAGUUGUCAUGUCUCCAGCUCUCCUCUGAGACCAGUCUCCCCAGUUAGAGGUCUUUCUCCUAUAAUAGUUCAGUCCCAUGGAUCUGAGUCGCCCGGGCCUCCGGGCUCACUGGCAGACACCUCUGCUCAGUGUCACGCCUGUCUUCACCCAAGAGACCGACCAUCUACAGCAAGACUUUCCGUGGAUGAGGUUGGUCUGACCCACAUCACCCCACAUCUCACGCGGCCCCGCGGAGCCCACAACCUCCUGAGUCACCUCCCUCUGCACUCCCAGCAGCCGAGCAGAGCCCCGAGCCUCCUGAUUCCCAUCGGGGGGAUUCACAUGAUUCAGCCCAGGUCCCUCCUCCCUCUGUACAGCCUGGUGAGCAGCCCCACGGCAGCCACAGCUAACUCCGCGGGGACAUCCUGGAGACUAAGCGACGCUCCGAAGGGGAGGUUGUCUCUGCUGCAGCGCCAGGAUACUCUCAAAGAGACGUCGCCCAGCAGCCCAGCCAGCCCGCCAGAACCCGGAGCGUUAGGGGGGACAUCCGGCACCAACCGAUCGGACGCUCUAUUACACAGAAAGAGUCGUGGAUGCUUCAGCGUCCAACAACAACCGUCGAGUCCCGGGACAGAGACGAGGCGUCCGGAGGUAAACACAGACGCACAUGUCACAGAGAGUUGUGUUUACCCCGAGACCAAGCAAGGCCAAAAAAAGGCUCCUUCCUCCCAGACACAACUCUGAUAGGAGGGAGAGUCUGAAGGGACAGUGCAAACGUCUAAAAAUCAGAGCGUGGUGUAAAAACACAGCACUGGUUUGGACAACCGAGGACAAAAAGGCAAGAGCACUUCAGCACCGCUUCUGAAUGACGCUAUCAUGUAAUUAUAUGAAUAAUAUAUAUAGACACUAUGUUAGAUAUGCAGUAUGUUUUGUAAAUCUUUUUUUACCCUCCUGUUUGAUGUCAUCGGUGUUAAUUUAUUUAUGUGCUAUUAUGCAAAUUCUGUACUAUAUGCAAAAGCAGCUGG